AUGGCAUAUGAUAUUUAUGAAGAUGUUGACAACACAACUGUUCCUGCAGGUGAGGUAAAGUCAGAGGAACCGAAAAGUGACGAAAAACCGAUAGAAGAAGAGAAACCAAAAACUGAAGAUAAACCAAAACCAAAGUUUAGUAUUGGAACUAAACCAAGUCAACCUUCAUUAGCUGGUAUGGGUUGGCGUCAAAGACUUCUAGUAGCAGGUGGCUAUGUAAAGUAA